AUGACCUACAUACUUAUAAGAAAAUUCCUGAAAUUGUUUUUUAUUGCACAGAGCCCAAAUGGAAGUCAACCAUCGAGUCCCACAGAUGAAAUAUCAGUCCGGAGAAUAUCCUCAUUCAUGCUCCUACAAACCAGAGAACUGCCAGCAGCACCUACUGAUCGAAUAACCGACCAAAUCACCAAACGCACCUGGAUUGAAUACUCAAUCGUUAACAAUUUAGACAUUUUCAAGCUGAAUAUCGGGCACCGGAACCGAACAUUCAGCGCUGAAGAUCUCAUGGGCUUCAACAAUACAGGAAAUGUUUGUAUAUGGCCUUCCGAAGAAACGCUUAGCUAUUACGUUUGUUUAAACUUAGACAUGUUUGCUGGUAAAAAUGUUCUAGAACUCGGUGGCGGUAUGUCAUGUUUAGCCGGUUUGUUUGUAGCUAAGUAUAGUUCAGCAAAAAGUGUACUAGUUACUGACGGUAAUAAAACGUCAAUCGAAAAUGUUGCAGCGAUUUUGCAAUGCAAUUCGUUCGCUUGCAAGACAGAUUGCAGUGUUUUAAAAUGGGGCGAGCAACGGGAUUAUUAUAAGGAGUAUGAUAUCAUUAUUUCGGCUGAUUGUCUCUUUUUCGAUGAUGCUAGGGUGGAUUUUAUUAACUGUGUCAUUAAUUAUUUAUCAGAGAAGGGGAUGGCGCUAGUUAUGGCGCCUCAAAGAGGUGCUACUUUGGAUAGUUUCAUUUUACAAUCCGAAGCAAGAGGUCUUGUUUGCAAAAAAGUUAUGAAUUAUAGCCAGGUGGUGUGGGAAAAACGACUCGCGCUCAUUGAUAAUUGUGAAUACAAUGAUAAUAUUCACUAUCCCAUAUUAAUAGAAGUGACCAAAGCAUAA